AUGAGGCUCCUCAUUGUUUUAAUUCGGUGCCUGUCGGCCAUCACCACCGUCGCGGUGGCCGCUGGACAAUAUUCUGGAGGUGACACAUCUGGCUGUGGUAAGACUCAUCUUUUUCAAGGCGUCACACAGACGCGUAUUAUUAGGUCCAGCGGCAAAUAUCGCGCGUAUGGUGUACACUUACCAUCAGGAUACGAUGAAAACAAGCGGUACCCGACCAUUCUAGGCUUCCACGGCUCCAGCAGUAUUGGUCUCUUCUUCGAGCUAGAUACUAGGCUCAGCAGCAGCAAGUAUCCCGCCGACUCCAUUGUUGUGUACCCGAACGGUAUCGGUGGUGCCUGGGCCGGUGCCAGCUACUCUAAGACAACAGUCACCGAAGAUCUUCAGUUUGUAUGGGACAUACUGACGGACCUCCGGCGCUACUUCUGUGUCGACAGUGCGCGCAUCUACGCCACGGGCAUGUCCAUCGGCGGGGGCUUCGUCGAUACCAUCGCCUGCAAUGCCACUGUGGGCGGCGAGUUUGCCGCCUUUGCCCCUGCAUCGGGCUCGUUCUAUACCGACAACGACGCGAAUCACGAAAGCUGCAAGCCCGCCCGCGUACCGACACCGAUUAUCGAAAUCCACGGAGGUGCCGACGCAAGUGUGGCAUACAACGGGGGAGUGGGUGAGGGCGGCAUCAACCCUGCAAUCCCUGCCUGGCUUGACCGCUGGGCGGAACGCAACCAAUGCGAUAGACCGAAUUCCCAAUCUGACCUGUACGGUGGCGACGUGCAUCAUCUCAGCUGGACAUGUAAGGGGGUGGCUGGUGCUUUGCAACACUACAAGACCGAUGACCAGAAGCACUGCUGGGCGUCGACCGAGAUCAAUUUCUCUCAAGUGGCUGCCAGCGACAAACCGACGCACAUUGAAGCCUCUGCGAUCUUCCGGGAAUUUUUCAAAAAUUUUACGAGGCCAGCAUAG